CGAUGGUUCCGAUGACGCCAUUUGUGAGUGGCAGCCAUUUUCUGGAAGCAUUGUUUGCUAGUUAUCUGUACCCGCGCAAGAAUUUUGGCCUCCCGAGCGUUAAAAGUUCGCUCAAGAAGUCCUCUUUGAACAAAUACCUACUACAAUUUUGCACAAUUGGUAUUUUUUGAGAAGAGCUUGUUUAAACUGCUGUUUUGUGUUGGAAAUUGCUGUAGGCAGCCGAGGACCAUCGCUGCCCAGAUCCUGUUCCCACUCUGAAACUUUUGCCAUCUUCAUCCAAACUGAAGGAAACUAGGAGAGUUUCAGAAAUGGCAGAGGAUUUCGACGUGGAGGCUAUGCUGGAGGCGCCCUACAAAAAAGGAGAAGAUGGGCCAAUUACCAAGAUCUCAAGAGAAAAUGGGACGUCGGAAAGCAAGAAAAGCAAGAGAAGAAGCCGCAGCCGGUCCCGCGACAAGAAGGAGAAGGAGCGAGACCGAGGAGAGCGAGAGCGAGAGAGAGACAAGAAGCGGGAUCGUAGCGGGGAUCGUGGCGGGGACCGUGUCAGCGCUCGCGGUGGGGACGGCGGCCGGGAUCGCGGCAGGGAUCGUGAUCGGAAGCAUCGCAGCCGCAGCCGGGACGGAAAGCACCGCAGUCGCAGCCGAGACCGCAAGCAUCGCAGCGGCAGUGGCAGCCGCAGCCGCGAGCGUCGCCGCAAGCGCUCGCUGACGCCCCUGCUGCUGCCCCGCCGGGAGAGGGGUAGUGGCGGCGGUGGUGGUGGCGGCGGUGGCGGCGGCGGCAGUGGAAAAAGAAAAGGUCUUGACAGGAGUCCACCUACACUCCUUGGAAAGCCAGAUGAGCUCACGCCUGAAGAGCGUGAUAUGCGCACAGUCUUUUGCAUGCAGUUAUCCCAAAGAAUUAGAGCCAGAGAUCUUGAAGAGUUUUUCUCGUCUGUUGGAAAGGUGCGAGAUGUGCGACUCAUCAAAUGUAACAAAACAAGACGCUUCAAGGGCAUUGCUUAUGUAGAAUUUAAAGAUCCUGAAUCUGUAACUCUGGCUAUGGGGUUGGCAGGUCAGAAACUUCUUGGUGUCCCUAUCAUUGUCCAACCAACACAGGCUGAAAAGAACCGUGCUGGAAACUCAAUGCCCAAUCUUCAGCCUAAAGGAACACCUGGGCCCAUGAGACUCUAUGUAGGGUCAUUGCAUUUUAACAUCACUGAAGACAUGCUUAGGGGAAUUUUUGAGCCAUUUGGAAAGAUUGACAACAUUCAGCUCAUCAUGGAUGCAGAAACUGGUCGUUCAAAAGGAUACGGCUUCUUAACUUUCCACAAUUCAGAGGAUGCCAAGAAAGCACUGGAACAAUUAAAUGGCUUUGAGCUAGCUGGGCGGCCUAUGAAGGUUGGAAAUGUCACAGAAAGGACUGAAAAUGCUCAGGGCCCUUCAAUUCUGGAUACGGAUGAAUUAGAUCGCACUGGUAUUGAUCUGGGUGCUACUGGUCGAUUACAACUCAUGUACAAACUUGCUGAAGGAACUGGCCUCCAAAUUCCUGCUCCAGCUGCAGCUGCUCUCAACCUGAAUACAACAACAGGUGUCCCUAUUGCGACAGCGCAACCUGCCCCUCCCAUAGCCACUCAAUGCUUUAUGCUAGCAAAUAUGUUUGAUCCAGCAACGGAAACCAAUCCAAGCUGGGACACAGAAAUUCGGGAUGAUGUGAUUGACGAAUGCAACAAGCAUGGAGGGGUCCUGCAUGUUUAUGUUGACAAAGCUUCACCAACUGGCAAUGUGUAUGUUAAAUGUCCGACGAUUGCCACAGCUGUUGCUGCUGUAAAUUCCCUUCAUGGAAGAUGGUUUGCAGGACGAAUGAUUACUGCAGCGUAUGUACCUUUGGUGAAUUACCACAAUCUCUUCCCCGACACAAUUACUGCUUCGCAGUUAUUAGUGCCGACCAGAAGGGGUGUCUGAAGAAGAAGAAAACCAUAUGAACUAAAACUGUGAAAAGUCUAGUGCAUUCGUGCCUUCAUCCCAUCAUCUGACAGCUGUGCUGUUCUUUACAUUAGACCAAGCUAUGGUUGGGGGUUCUAAUAGUGUGUAAGAUCAGAGAUGACUUGAAUACCUGGUCGUUAAAGACUGGAUACUUUUGGUGUUACCAUUACCAUAUUUUCUUAUGCUUGGGCGCACAAGUGUUUUAGUCUUGUGUGUCAAAGAUAUUCCCUACAUUUGGGUAUAUCAAACCGGUUUUUAUUGUGUCAUUUUUUUUCCCACACAUAGAUGUGCUUCUUGUGAUGUGGAAUUGGCUGUGAAUUGUGCAAUUCCUUUAAAGCACUGCAGCGGGAAAUGUUGUUUUUCCACAAUUAUGUAUAUAUUUGUGAUGUUACUGGUUUUUAUGUUUCCAUUGUGUGGAAAUUGUUGAAUAGUCACAUGUAUUCUAAUAUCAUUCCAUCCUAGCUGGACAGCACUAUAUUUUGUUUACCGGAACUGGCUUGGAGGAAAGUUUGUUAUCAAUAAACUCUGUCCCUUUUUUUUCUUCCUUUCUUUUUCAGUGACAUUUGUAUGUGUGCAAUUUCACUGUUAAUAAGGUCAAAUGUUUGUGACAUAAUCAAUGAUUCAUAAAUCGAUCUUUUUUUAAAAAAGUAACCCAA